GUAAACACUAGCAUGCUUAUUGUUGGCAGAUGUGGUGUUAAUACACCAUAGAAUUUAAAGCUAAGGUCGUUUGUCCUAUUACUGUUUGAAUUUGAGAAUGAGUGGUGUUUAUUAUUUUUUAUUUUUGCCUUCUGUUCCUUAUUGCUGCUGUUAAAGAUUUUUUUUUUUGUUUGUUUGUUUUGGUGAGAAUUUAGGUGAUAUUCUGAGCCUGACAAUUAUUUUUAAGUAUAGGCAUAUUUUAGAAGUUCUCCAACAGACAGACCAAGCAAAAAAACCUAUUCCUGUCAUUGAAAUCCUAAAAUAUUAUUUUUAUAAUACCAGCUAGUUGGGUUUGCAUCUAGCUGACCUGAAAUUUUUGUGGGAAAUUGAGGUGGUGAAAUUUUUUGUUGUUGUUUGUUAUUAAAAUAUUUACCAGAUCAGCUGUCAAAAUAUUUACUCAGUAUAUACUUUGUUUUAGAGCUGAAAAUAGCACCUUACAAAUAUAUGCUCUGUGAUACAUCUUUUAAAAUAUGUAGUUUCCAUCAGAAUGGUUUCAAGUGUAUUUCAGAAAUCUUUUCAGAACUGUCUUUUUAGAUGUGUAAGAUGAGUACAAUUGUAGAAGAACCACAACUGACUUGAAGUGUUUGUAUAUGACUAUAUGCACUACAAUGCCUAAUAGAGGUUAGUAAAAGAACAGGCAGUUUUUAAAAAUUUGCUGUAGCGUUUAAGAGUGGGCAUGUUCUCAGUUGUAAAAAUUUGCUUAAAAAAAAUCUACAAUCCAAGCAAAACAUGCAAAGUUGAGCAUGGCCAAUUCAGAUUGUGGUGUUAAAGGAGGGGAACACCACAACUGCUCUGAGUGAACUGGCAAAUGGCAGCUGUACCUGUGGUGUGUGAAAUGUGCCCUCCUGUUGCAGCUCUGUGCUUUCACUGUGUUACAAGGCAGGGUAGCUAACACUGUGGAACUGUCUUAAUGGCCAGCUGUGUAAGUUAAAUCUGCAAGAAUUGUAGAAGAGAUGUUAACUUUAUCAGUGAUGGGAGUAUUCUCGCUGCUCACAGCCCCCCCAUGUGAUUUCUGUGUAUGGAAAACCUACUUCUCUUCAAGUGCUUCUGCUUGGAGAGUAAAAAUACACCAACGGGAUUGUGUUCUUUGGUGGUAAAGAAACGGAGCCGUGGCUGCCUCAGGGGUUAGCAGCAGGGGCUGGAUACACAUACAGUACCUAUGAGCGCUGUGUAACCUGUAAUAUCAGCGGCUCUGCAGGGCAUAUUCAGGUCGCAGUUGCAUCUCUAAUCAGCCUUGUACAGCAAAGGAUGACCUGGGACUUGGUGUUUAUACAUGAAAUAAAAGUCAGUUUCUGUACAAGUAUAAAGUUUUGGUCAGAAAACACUAGAGGGGUUGGUGUGCAGCUGAGUACCAUGGCUUCCCCCCCACAGUGUCUGCUCACUUGUGUUUAAAGACUGCUCCAUAAUACUGAUUGGGAUCCAGAAUACUCUUUACAUAAAAGCCUCUAACCUCUCUCCUUGUUUUCUUAUCACUGCAGAUAACAUUGUUUUGCUUGAGUAAUGUCCCAGGAAAUUCUGUGUAUAUUUUCCAUAAGAAAUAAUAAGUGAACCUCUCCUAAGGGCCUUUGGAGUCUGUGCUUGAAGCUCUUUGCAGCAGAAGGGAGGGAAAGCAGAUUUUGGUUUGAUUUUUGAGUGCAGUUUUACAAGCGGAUCAGGCUGAUCUACCAGUUUGCUGUCAAUGAAAAGGGCAAUCUCACUCACAGCUGUGCAGCCUUCCCCAUCUUCUCUUGAGUUCUGGUGUGGCUUUUCCCUGAGCUGAUUAUUUUCACAAAGCCAGUGGAAAAUGUUCCAGUGUAUUAGGGGCACUUUUCGAAAUGAAUCAGCAAGGGGAAUCAACUUGCUGAAAGGGCCUUUUGGGUCAGUAGUGGAGACAGCAUUUGAUGUCCUACCCUCACCAAAAGUAGCAGUCACCUUUUGGAUAUCCUCUGUUUUAAUUGAUUUGUGGAAAAUGAACUCUUAAAUAUUUUAGAUAAAUGGAAAAACAAGCAUCUCUCCAGAGUUUUAUUUUAAGUGCAGGCAUGAUAGGUUUUAUUAUUACUGCUUAUAAGCAGAUAAAAUGACCACUGGGUAAAUGUUUCUUAAGUAAGGCAUUAGCUUAAGAUGGAGUCAAUAAAGAACUGAAAUCAGGUCCAGCAAAUCUUUUUAAAAGUAAGCCCAAGUGCAAAGAGGGUAUGCCUCUGACUUCUUUAUUUUACCAUUAAUAUAGAAAAUCAACUAUAGUUGUGUUUAAUUGUCAGACAUAUCUCAAAUAUAAUUUUUAUUUUGUUGAAGAACUGAUUUUUCUAAAAUUGCAUACUUGACUAUAUACUUAAUAUACUUCUGCUGUAGUUUUUCUCAGGGUUUCUUCUGAAGAAUGUAUGCAGAAUUUACAAUGAAUAUAUUUUAGUCAAGUGGUGAAGUAAUUGAAAUCUAGUGCUUCAUACAAGGUGUGUAUCAGUACAAAUCAAAGAUGGAUCUAGAAGUAUUUCUUCAUACUCAACAGCUCACUCAUGUAAGGUAUAUUGAUAUAAAUGUGUGGAGCAUAUGUAUAUAGUGAGGAGGUAAUUGACUUGUUUUCCUCUGACACAUGAUGAAGAGAGCUUAUAAUUUUUUUAUUGCUAUUGGUCACUUACUAGAUUAUCUUUGUAUCACAUUUGCAGGGUCUCUUUUUAUGCAUCUUCUGGACUUCAAGCACUUUAAAGGUUUUCUCAGACAUAGUGUUAGUAUGAGCUUUCAUGUGACAGCUGAAUCAAUGUAAUGACUCAGUGUUGUGAGCAGGAGAUUGUACCCUUCCACCUGUGUACUUGUCUUGUAUAUUCAUUUUUUGUAUUCCUGUUGCAUGUCUGUCUUUGGUGAGACAAUUCUACUUGCUGAACCAGAGGAAACCCCCCUUCCCUUUCAAUACCAGUGGAUAGGCAGCAAACUGGAACACUGUGAGAAAUAACCAACAGCAAAUUUAGGAAGUGAAUGUCAGUAAACCUGCUGUUACGACUUUGUUUUUCUGUUCUUUUGACUUUCUGUCCUGCAGAUUGUAAGGUGAAAAGUAAGAAGUAAUAAAAUCUCCAGUUUAUUAAGGAAAAAAAAAAAGGUGAAAUUGGACAAUAUUUAGCUGCAAAUAUUCAUAGAAAUGUUAUCUUUAGGCUAAUUCUUUGAAAUAAUGCAGAUAAAAUUUAGUGGGAAGAUUGUAAAUUAAGUAAAUAUCUCUUGACCUUUCCAAUCUACAAUUAUUGUGAGAGGUUUAAAAUAAAGCUUUUAACUUGAAGGAGAGAGAGAGAGACAUGUUACGUGUGGGGGAUGUGAGAAAACUUAACAUAGACAGAAAAAUAAGUUUUCAGAAGAUUCUACAAAAGCUGAUUGAGGAAAGUUGUGAAGUGCUGAAGUCAACAAGAUGUGGACAAACUUGUUGCAAAAAUAUCUGCUACUGUAAAACUGUUCUAUCUAUGAUAUACUGGUAAUAGAAGAACAAAAAUAUUCUUUUAAAUUCUUCGUGUCUAAGGUGUCCACAGGCCUUGGAAGUGACAUUUUGAGAGAGACAGAAUAGUUUAGCAUGUUGUUCCUGUUUUGAAUUCUACUGCAUAUAUCUUGCACAUAGAACAGAUUUUAAAACUUAAUCUGCUAUCAAUAAUGUCUGUUAGCGAUCCCAAGGGAGAGUAUAUAAAAGACUGGAUAGCAUGUAAAACAAAAGUAUCAGCUUAUUUUUAAGGAGCUGUUUUCUUUGAAGUAAAAAACUGUUAUCCUUUAAAACAUUAAAAUUGAUCUAUGGGUUAAAAAAAAAUCCCAACUAAUAUCCUCCUAAUGCUCAAGAAUGUAUUUGGAAGAUCAGUAUAGUAUUUGCUAGUAGGAUUAAUUCAGCAACUGCAUAUGAAGAUGCCAUGCUUGCGAUACCAGCAAUUCAGAUUGAAGUUACAGAAAGGUUCGAAUUGGAACAUUGUGAAACAGCUUUUCAACUGUCACUUGAAAAAGAAGUCUGUGUUUCAAAUGGAAAAGUUUUAGUUUGUAGGUGAUCAGACUAGUCUUGAUCUCCUUCAGGCAUGCUUUUUCUGUUUCUAAUGCAAAUGUGAACUGUAAGUGGAAGAGUCAGAUAUGCUAUUUUUUAGUAAUUGAUAAUUUUGAUGACUGUUGGUAGUUUCUGUUGGCUGCAUUUGUUAACUGUUUUAUGUGGUCGUUUGUAAACUUCUACGUUUCUAGUUGAUUUUGUUUUAAGCUCUUCAGUAACAGGAUGGUUCUUACCCUGUGAGUUUUAACUUUGUGUUAUUUUAUAAUAACUUUGUGGAUCCAAACUGGGGGAAAAAGACUACUACUUCAACUACAUCCUCUUAAUCAAGGGCUACUUUGGAAAGCCUUUCCAUUUUCAGUAAAUGUCAUUUUUCAUGUCUCUGACUUAGCUCUGAAUAGCCUUUAGUUGCUCUUCAAGUAAGAAAAUGUUCUCUCAGGUAGUAAAUGCUAUUGAAGAGUAGCUGUGAUUUGGGAGGCACUGUUAGUGACAUUGGUUGUUUUACUCAACACACACCCUCUUGUUCUCCAGCCGAAUUCUAAAAGGUCCCUUCAAGCAAGGAUCCACCCUCCCAGACAAGAGGAUUCUUGACUCAUGCUUGUAAAUUUUUGAUGCUUGUAUUUAUUUAUAAAAGAAGGAUUUUGUUAUGAGAAAUCCAAAUGCGCUACUGUUUCGAAGAGAUGGGUAAAACUUUGGGAAAGCCACGUCACUUUAGCAGUGGAACCUUCUCAAGAGAUUAAGUUUGUCUGCAGCAGUUUUUCAUAGCAUGCUCUGGAUGUUCAGGACUUGGUGUGUCCUCACUUCAUGAGCUGUGCAAUAUGCCUUUGUAGGGCAAUGCUACAUAAAUAAUAAUAGUUUAAAAAUAUAACUAUAUAAAAAUAGUUAUAAAAAUAUUGAAAAAUAGCUGAUUAGUCCAAGAGAUCUGUAGUGACCGGCAUGUUGUGGACCCUGAUUGCUUGGGAUACUUUCAGUGCUCAUUGACAAGACCAGUGUGGCAGUAUAAGCUUCAGAUACUCUAACAUCAGGAUGCUGUUGCACGGUCAUAUUAGAGACUGACUCAAAACUGUCUGGUGUCACUUGGCAUCUCUUAAAAUGCACUGGUGUGAGUUUUGUAUCAGUUACUUCUUUGAGAGGAUGACUUGCUGAAGGAAGGAUGUUUUUAAUUUCAAAGUAUUUUCUAACUUAAAACAGGGAAAACCAGUAAUACAUAUAAAAAAACCUCAAAACUUGUAUAAAAAUGUUGUGUUUAUCUAGAAUUUUUUUUUCAGUUUAUUAGAGUUAGUUUAAAACUAUUUUUACUUUGUUGAUUGGGGUUUCCAUAAAUUCUAUUUCAGGGAAGGAGCUGUGCAGAGCAGAGUAGGUUAAUUUGCCCAGAUAUUGAGGAAGUUAUAGAUGUUUAUAGGUACAUUGUGUGUUUGGAUAAUUAACAUGUUCAUAUCAGUUACUGGAAGAAGUGAACAGUAUGCAAAUGCUCUAUCAACAGAUAAUAUGACUGACAAAUGGGGAGAGCCAGUUGAAUGAACAGAAGAAGCUAAAGCACAUUGUCCAUUUCAUGUGAACAUGUUUUUACCACCUGAUUUCAGCAGUUCAUUUUCCAGUGAUUAGUAGGGCUUGCAGAGGGGUGACACCAUGGCUCUCGUUUGACGUGCUGUGCCUGAUGCAGGUGUGUGGAUGCAGAGCUGCCUGCCGUGGUUCAGGUGGAGCGCCGGGCUGUGCAGCUGCUGCCCUGUGUGCAGCUGCUGGCAGAGGCUAGUUUGUAGUCCACCAGCUAUGGCACUUUAAGGAACUUUGUGUUGUGGACUAUUUGCACAACUUCCAGACAAACAUGGCCUUGUAAAGUUCUAGUGUGUGUUAGGUGUUUAGUAUCUAAUAUUUAGCUGCCCUUGGGUUUGUUACUACUUCUGGUUCUCCCCCUUUCUGAUUUUUGUAUUUCUUUUCUUGCUUUUCUUCAGUGUAACAGCACACUUGCUCAAGAUAAAGGUUCAGAAAAGACACUCAUAUUAAUUCUUUUAUUUCUGAUUUGCAAAACAAUGUAUAUUUUACCUUUUAAUUUCCUUUUUAAAUCUUAAAAGCAUCUCUAUUUUUUCUUAUGCUUCAGGUUUCUGCAGGAAUAUGUGUUUCAUGGAUGGGAGAGCUGCAAAAUUCAGCAUUAAAAACAUUUAAUUGUUUAAAUCCUGGUAACUAAAGCACUAAAGAAAGGUGCUGUAAAUAUUUUCUGGCUUUGGAGUAAAGAAAUUUGCCAGUUGAGUUCAACUGUGAAGAAUGCCAUGUUAAUGUAAUGACUUCAUUUAUUUCUGAUCCUGGGUGGUGGAACUCCAAUGCUCCUGCCCUGUGUAACUGAAACAUCAGGAAAGGCAGUUUUAGGAGUUGAAAUCUCAAGAGAAAAUUGGCUGUCUGAGCCUUGCCCCUUUUUGCUUUCCUUCUCCUGACUCUCAAGUCCAACUGCCAAGUCCUUAUAAGCAUGUAUAAGGACUACAGUAUAUAUGUGCAGAGCUGCUGCCUACAUAGGGAUUGAAGCCAUGGUGGAGUAAGCUGGUAGGCUUAUGAUUGUGAGGAGGUUUUACAGAGACACCUGCAGUAGUUCCCUCUUGUCACUGUGCCAUUGCCCAUCCCUCUGCCUACUGUUAAGUGUCCUGUGGCAGAGGUGGCUGAAUGACACAUACGUCUGCAUAUGCAGGGCUCUACCGUGCUAUAAUGUAUGAGCAGGAGCGGACUGCAGUGACAGUGGCUCAGGAGCAAACACUCAGCUGUGCUUAUGGCAGAGGGAGGAAGGCGGGAGUUCACCUCCAGGCACAGGGCGAGCACACACACAAGGAUCUUCAGCUGCUCUGUGAGUUUAGUGGUAAUCUGCAUCCGAGAAUAUUUUCUGCUCAAGUACUAUUGCACUCAUGAGGCUUAAUAGAUUGCAGCUUCUGUGCUGAGUUUAUCCCUAUAGGUAGUUUUUUUCUUAAACUUUCUUCUUUAAAGUUUUCCUGGAUGAAUCAUAAGCUCUCAGUGGUUUUUUUUUCCCCCCAAUGCUCUCUAUAGGGAUGGAAUAACUGAUCCUUGCAUAAUAAAAAAAUACGACGUUUCCCGUAAAAGUGGCACAGACAUCCAGCAGCUUGGGAGGAGCAACAGAAAUAGAAACAUAACUGAUUUGUAGCAGUUGUCUUGAGGCCUUGUAGGGUAACAGAGUUAAGCCUUUCCUUACUCUAUCCAUUUAAACACUCAGCAACUAAGCAGGGAUUUUCUGUGUAGCUCUGUAACUGUUUCCAGGUCCCAUUUAAAGGUUGGUGAAAACCAAGGGCCGCUUCCCCAAACCCAGUGCAUUGGUAUGUUUGUGCUGAAGCACAGUGGGGAGGCUGACACAGUACAGAAUUGGACAGAUCAGACCUUAAGGCAGUUGUUUCAGGUUGUCUGACAUUGAAGCAUCCUAAUUGGGCUUUAUACCUCUAAGUUUUAUUUGCAGUCAUUGAAGAUUGAAAUUUAGCAUCUGAGAAGGGAGUAAAUCACUGUAUGUUUCAGAAUUUUAAUUACAGGGCUGCUUAUGACAAUUGAGAAAUGGAUUUGUCAGACUUAAGAGAUGUGGUAGCAACUAGGCUUGGGUAUCACUUUACCUGUCUCAUUUUGUCUUGGUGGGAGAUUGGUUAAAUGUCAUCUCAAUAGGAACUGCCUAUUGCAGUUUUUGAUAUGUUUCACCUUCUUAUUUCUGAUUUGUUUCCUUGUAGUCUUACAAUGUUUGCUGAUCUGGAAAGCAAGAUUUUCAGGAAGCAUUGGGUAUUUGUUUACUAUAAACUCUUACAAAAUUCAUAAUGCUGUUGUUAUGUACCUUGAAAAUGAUUUGAUUUUUCAGGAUUUGAUUACUCUUGAAGGUUGUGGGGGAUUCUUUCCCUUUAUUUACCUUUUUUUUCCCUGUUUACAGCAGACUUACUAUUCAACCUAGAUAUUGUUAACUUAAUGAAAGGUUAAAUAUUAACUGUGUCCUCUUUGAUCCUAUUCGAAGACUGUGUUCUGUGAGGAGGCUGUGCAUGUGCAUCUUCAGUGUCCUUCCAGAACUAGCUGGAAAGUUCAUAAUUUACUUUAAAUGGAAAUAUUAUUUGUAGUUCUGAAUGCAUCUUCUCUCAGUCUUUAUCAUCCUGAACAUAAAUGUAGUAGGGCUGAAAACUGUAAAGAAACUUUUGGGAAGCAAGGGUAGCUGCAUGUUUUUUGUGACUGAAAAUAAUGCCUUUAGCUUUGGUUUUUAAUUGAGUGUUAAUGCUAGAAUGCUUUGUUCAAAAUAAUCUAAAUUAUUUUGCAGAGGGAUAAGUAGAAAAAUAACAUUCUGUUAUCUUGCCAUUCUGUUGCAUUCAUUGUAUUCUGUUAUCUGUGCCAUUAGAAAACAGCAGGAGCUGCACUGGGGGUUUGAGGGAGGGAGGUAGUGAGUUAUGAAUAUGCUCCUAGAGAAAUGAAGCUAUUGUAGAAAUGGGGAGCAAUGCUUCAAAUGAAGGGGGGAAAAAAAGGAAAUGAAGCUAAAAAUCUGUCAUGAUCCCUGUGAAACACAAAUUAAUGACUUAUAAAGUGCUAUUUCUUUGCCAUUUAAAAGCAAACUUUUUGAAGUUAAAUAUUGCAUUUUUAAGAUCAUAAAUACAGCAAUGUCUUCAGUAAUAAAACCCCUCUUACCUUUGCAGCCUCUAGAGGUGAAGCAAAACCAGCAUUGCAUGAAUAAUUUUUUUAGUCUUGCGUAUGAGUUUUUUGCCACAGGCCAGAUCUCUGGCAGUUACUGCAGCAGCAGCAUUGUGCAUAUGGCACUUCAUGUACGUUGUUCAAAAUAGUUGCCAGCAAUGUGUCUGGGCAACUCCAAGAAAAAGGCAUGAUGUUACUUGAAUUAAAGCAAAGCUGUGCAAAUAGCCUUUGUGUAUGCAUUUCUGGUAAAUGUAUUGAUCCUGCUAUGGAUAAUGAUACUUUGAGAAAUUUUAAAAUUAAAUAUUUAAUGCUACAAAUAAAUAAAAUUUCUGUGAUCUGUACUAUGUAUAGUGCUAAAGUUUCUAAUCUCUUAUAUUGCUUGGGUCCUCUUAAAACACUCAAGGCAAAUCUUACCUGUCCUGUGACUGGGCUUACUGUACAUGUAUUGAAAAUUCCAUCUAAAAGCUAUGUGUGGAAGUGCUGAAUGGGCUUUGCUUGUGCAGGUCAAGCGUACUAUGGAUGAAUGGUACCACAAAUGGCCAGUCUGAUGCUUCCUGGAGCAGCUGGGCUUACAGUGCGUGAAUCUUGUAAUGUAGCAGUCUAUUUCCAGCCUGCAGUCUGCUGACUUAGGUCACUGAAGCAGCUUGAGCAAUUUGCUUCUGGCCAUCCUCUUUACUAAGAGUUUUCCAUACCGGAGCAGAAAGCGUGGUGUGGCCUGGAUGAAUCAUUUUAGUAGAGUACAAACAGCUUGUGUCUGCAGAUUGAGCGCUUCUGCUUUACUGCACCUACAGUCCAAUUCUUGUCAUGUUCUUUUAUAGAGCUUACUGAAACCAGUGUGCUUAUUCAUGCACACCUCACCUUGGCUCUUGAGAAAGUCUCAAAAAUAGACUUUAUAGUAGUCUACUCCCUUUAAAAGUGAAGUUGAUCCAGAAUCAAAAGGUAUAGAAAUACUGGGAUCAGUAUAUAAACUGUGUAUUUAUUGGAGUUGUGUAAUGUUCAGCCUAUUUAUAAAAGUAUGCACACAGAUCCUCAAUUUCAUAUCUUCUUUUUUGGAUUUUUUUUCUUACAUGAACUAGCUCCAGAUUAAAGCUAUUUGCUUAUAUUUAAAUGCAAGUGCUUUAUUUUCCAUUUUAUCUAAAAUAGUAAAAUAUUAAUCUUACGGAAGACUUCUUGUAAGUACUCAAACUGAUAGGUAUUUUUAGUGGUCAUACUUGUUGCUGUCAGUUUUAGACACUGUGUACUUUCCAGAAGACUCUUUCAUUUUCCUCUCUGAGAAAGAGGAACUGGAAAAAAAAUCCAUGUUUUAAAUGACAUUUACAUGUCAUGAUGUUGAUACCUUGUAACUCUGCAUGAUGAGUUUUCUUGGGCUCUUCUCAAAGAAUUAGCCUUGUCUGUGCUUGUCCAAGCUUCAGAGGCUCGUAAUCCAUAGUUUUUCUUUCCUGCUUUUACUAUUCUUGUUUUGUUUAAAAAUAAACGGUUACAUUUUAAACUUAGUGGUUUAUACUGAAAUCUUCUGUUUAUUCUGAUAUUUGGUAGGUUGUUUCAUUAACUCAUUUCAAAGGAAAACCAACAUCCAAGAAGUCUGGUAUGGCAGUCAUUGUUAUUUACACACCUUUGGUUAGGAAGAAUAAUUGUUGGAAGGCUUGUGCACAGUUGUACAAUAAGAUAACUCUUAUGAUGCUGAUGUUAUAUGAUAGGUGUAAGAUACUGACAGACCCAUUACUCCAUUUAUGAAAUGGACUUUACUGAUAAUUUGGUUUUGCCUUUCUUGGGGGAGGGGGAGGACUCUGAAAAUACUCGGUGUAAUAAAUUAGUGAUGUCCAUUUAAUCAAAGUUGCUAUGUCUGUUCAUGUAUGUAUGAGAGCAUACAUAUUCAUGUAGUAUUCAAAGAACGUCUUUCUUUUCAAAAUAUUUUGGUUCCUAAUAUUAUAUAUUCCUAGUCUUCAAUGCAUCCACUGAAAUCCUUAGAAGGAGAAGGUUAUACUCUUGGUACAUACAUUUCUCAUUUCUUGGAAAUUGUUAAUGGGCUAAUAUUUUUUUCUGUUAAUCAUUUAAAAUUACAAUUGCUAGUAUCCUUGAGGAAACCCAAUCUGUUGUGAUCAUUAGUUGAUACCAUGAAUAAAUAACAGUGCUACAAAAUCUCAGAUGCUGUGGUGAAAGGCCAUAUAACUUGCUUGGCUAAACACCUCAAUGUCAUAAAUAAAUGCAAAUUUUGAAAAAGAUUUCCUAAUAAUUUAAUUUUGAAAUACUACUUUACAGAAAUACUGGUAAUUUCUCUGUUUGUUGAAAGUCUUCUUCACAGGAUUCCAGAAGGUGGAACAUGGAGACUAGUAUUUUUGUAGGGUUGUUUUAGUAUAUCUCCUGGAGUUUCUGGGGAUGAUUGUUUUUAAUAAGUUUUUGGCACUGAUAACUUAAAGAAUAAAAGCUGAGGGGAGCAAAAGGGCAGCUACAAAGAACCCAAAGUGUAUUUUAAAAAGUCAUUAUUUUUGAGGUGCUGAGAGAGUUGGCUCAUGAUUUUGGAAUGCACACUGUUAACAACGAUUCCUUUGAAGAAGUCUCUGUAGCCCAGUGUUAAAGGCAGUCAGAGACCAACCAUAAUUAAUACAGUCUUUCAAAUUAGUGGUGAAAUUCAUCAGCCAGUUCCAAAAUCUGACCUUUAUAUCCUACUCAUAACAAAAUACAACCUCUGUUAUGUCUUAUUUAGUAAGAGGAAAGAGGAAUGCUUGAAGUGUAACUUUGAAUGUAUUCAUAAAAGGAGUGAUGAAAAGGAAUAUGAGGUAAUAGUACCUACUGUGUAGGCAGUACUACCUGAAACAGGCUUAUGAGAGAAAGUUUGAUGCCAAGUCCCAUGUCUCUGGAUGCAUGUUCUGCUGUACCUUGUUUGGGAAGAAAAUAAGUACUAUUUUGAUAUAGGUGGCAAUAUAGUAUCUAAUUAUAGAAAAAUACUUUUUGCACGGGGAAAUUUGGAUUAUUUUAAUAUAUGAAAACUGAACGGUGUUACUGGUCUCUCUCUUAACGAAACUGUUCAUCUCCUAAAUGACACAGCCAGUGCUUGAACCAGCCUAGUGCAGUGACAGGCUUGUCCCACUCUUUCUUCAGUGUUCUUCUGCUGCUGUGUUACACCUGUCACUUGGAACCACUUAGUUUUACAUCAACUGGUUUGUGUUACCUCUCUGUUAGUGGUAAUUCUUGUGUCUAUGUGAGGUGAGUGAUAUAGAUUUAAAAAGCCCCAAACAAACAAAACCGAAACCACAAAUAAAUCCCAAACCUUAAAAGUUUGUACACUGUUCUUAAAUCUUUCCUACAACUUUAGAUAAUUCUAAUUUGCCUGAGGAUACAGGUACUAUUUUCUCCCAUGGCUUGUUUACUCCUGUAAACUGUAAAUUGUACUUUGUUAGUACAGUAUGGGCAGCAGUUUUGAACCUGUGGAUUUUUAAAAAAUCACCUUAAAGCUGAUUUAGUUAAUCAGUCUACCUUGGAUCCACAUGAUUUUUUUGGUUCAUCUAUAUGGUGUGAGUCAAGUUAUAAUUUCAGUAGACCUAGUUAAACUGUUGUUGGCAGCCACUGCUACAAUAAUCUCAGCAUCCAGUUCUCUCUGUUUCUGUUACUUGACCCAGGUGUUACACAUGUCAUUUGGUGGCAGUCAUGGAAACAAGCAUUACUUUCUCUAUGUCAUUUCUUCCUGUCAGUAUGUAGAAGUCUUUCUGAAAUUUUUCAAUUGUCCAAUAAAAUUUUGAAUCACUUUGAGGUGUGUUUUGAUCUGUGUAAAGAUGACACCUCAAAUUGACAGAGACACCAGCUUUUGGUUGUACCUGGCAGUGUGGACAAGGUGAAGGAGGUUUAUCUGAACUGCUUUACCCUGUGCUGAAGUGGGCAAAGGCUAUUGGUAAAGUGUCUUGCUUUAUCCCAAAAUAGUGACAUUAAAACCUUAGUGCUACCUAAGGCGGUGUUGGAUUGCAUCCCUUGGAACCCAGAACUGUAACUUCUAAGAGACUUUCCAUUGUAGCAUUUGAGAUGAUACCAAGUAAACUAUUAGAAAUACCAAAAUUGUGUCAAGUCCUUUAGAAGACACUGAGAAAUACCCAAACCAAAGAAAUCCCAGCUCAAGUCCUUUAAAAGACUUUAGGGAAAACAACCACCACCAACCCAACUCCAAAGAGCUAGCAGAAUCAUAAAAGGAUUUGGGUUGGAAGGGGCCUUAAUAAAGCUAGUCUAGUUGCAGCCUCCUGCAAUAGCAGGUACACCUUCACUACACCAGGUUGCUCAGAACUUCAUCCAACCUGGCCUUGAACUCUUCUGGGGCUGGGACAUCCAGAACUGCCACUGGCUUUAGUUCUCUUGCAGGCAUCCACUGUGGGAAUACUUACGGCCUUCCUGCCCUCCACUGUGAUUGUUUUUCACAUUUGUGAUUUCCCAUCCUCUGUACUGCCACCCCUCCUUUGAUUUUGCUGAUCUUUUAGCGUAGACGGCUUGAUUGGCUUUUGGCGCUGCGCGGAACAGCGCUGGGCAGUUUGUUUUAUUCAUCACGAACUGAUCGGUUGGAAGUUUAUUUAAAACUCGGAAAAGCACAAACUGCCUUUUAUCGCCCCUUUUGGUUGUAGUUGCGAGGAGUCGCUUCGUUCGGCUGCCGAGGGCUGUCUGUGUAGCUCGGUCUCCGUGCCUGUGUCGCCGGGAGCAUCCCCCGGGAGGAGGGUGGGUACACCCCGGAGGCGGGAGCGGCCCCGGGGCGGGGCUCGGAGGGCUCGGUCCCGGCAGGAGCCGCCCCGGGCCCUGCGUCACAGCGGCUCCGGCACCGGCACGUCCCUCCCGCGGGUGCUGGCGGAGGCGGCGGCGCGGCCGGCGCCCGCUCCGCCCUGCCCGCACCAUGCUCAGCCUGCAGGACUCCCUCUUCUUCGAGAUCAGCAUUAAGUCUCUGCUGAAAUCCUGGAGCGGCAGUAGCACCUCCGCACCACCCAGCAGAGUAAAUAAACGAAGAGUUUCUCCAAGUGUUGUUUCCACCUGGGAAAAGAGAGGCAUCAUCAUGUCUAACAUUACUAUUGACCCAGAUGUGAAACCGGGCGAGUAUGUCAUCAAAAGCCUCUUUGCUGAAUUUGCUGUUCAAGCUGAAAAGAAAAUUGAACUUGUAAUGGCUGAACCUUUGGAAAAGCUGUUGUCCAGAUCUCUUCAAAGAGGUGAAGAUCUUCAGUUUGAUCAGUUGAUAAGCUCCAUGAGCUCAGUAGCAGAGCACUGUCUCCCCUCCUUACUACGCACCUUGUUUGACUGGUACAGGCGUCAAAACGGAACAGAGGAUGAAUCGUAUGAGUAUAGACCUCGGUCAAGCACAAAAUCAAAGGGGGAUGACCAACAACGUGAAAGAGAUUAUCUACUUGAAAGGAGGGACUUAGCUGUAGAUUUCAUUUUUUGUUUAGUUUUAAUAGAGGUUCUAAAACAGAUACCUGUUCAUCCAGUGCCAGAUCCUUUAGUACAUGAAGUUCUAAACUUGGCUUUUAAGCACUUUAAACAUAAGGAAGGGUAUUCAGGAACCAACACUGGGAAUGUGCAUAUUAUUGCAGACUUAUAUGCAGAAGUGACAGGCGUUCUUGCUCAAUCAAAGUUUCAAGCUGUUAGGAAGAAGUUUGUCACUGAAUUAAAGGAACUGCGGCAAAAAGAACAGAGUCCACACGUAGUACAGAGUAUCAUCAGUUUGAUUAUGGGAAUGAAGUUUUUUCGAGUAAAGAUGUAUCCUGUGGAGGAUUUUGAAGCGUCAUUUCAGUUCAUGCAGGAGUGUGCUCAGUACUUCCUGGAAGUAAAAGAUAAGGAUAUAAAACAUGCACUUGCUGGUUUGUUUGUGGAAAUUCUCAUACCUGUGGCUGCUGCUGUUAAAAAUGAAGUGAAUGUGCCAUGUUUGAAAAAUUUUGUGGAGAUGCUUUAUCAGACUACCUUUGAAUUGAGUUCAAGAAAGAAGCACUCGCUGGCUUUGUAUCCAUUGAUCACCUGCCUGUUGUGUGUCAGUCAGAAACAGUUUUUUUUAAAUAACUGGCACGUUUUCCUGCAGAACUGUUUGUCACAUCUGAAGAUGCCAUCUAACAACAGUAUCAGAAAACAAAUAGAAACACUGCAGAAUAAAGAUCCCAAAAUGUCCCGAGUUGCACUGGAAUCUUUGUAUAGGUUAUUGUGGGUUUAUGUUAUUAGAAUUAAAUGUGAAAGCAACACUGUAACUCAAAGCCGUCUCAUGAGCAUUGUAUCAGCACUUUUCCCAAAAGGAUCGCGCAGCGUGGUCCCACGAGACACACCUCUGAAUAUAUUUGUGAAGAUUAUUCAGUUCAUUGCUCAGGAACGUUUGGAUUUUGCAAUGAAAGAAAUAAUAUUUGAUCUUCUUAGUGUUGGAAAAUCACCUAAAACCUUCACUAUUAAUCCAGAGAGGAUGAAUAUUGGCCUCAGAGUCUUCCUUGUUAUAGCAGAUAGCUUGCAGCAAAAAGAUGGUGAACCACCAAUGCCAACAACAGGAGUUGUUCUUCCAUCAGGAAAUACUCUACGUGUGAAGAAAAUUUUUCUUAAUAAAACACUGACAGAUGAGGAAGCAAAAGUUAUAGGAAUGUCCAUAUACUAUCCUCAAGUCAGAAAAGCACUGGAUAGCAUUCUUAGGCAUUUGGACAAAGAAGUUGGAAGGCCCAUGUGCAUGACUAGUGUGCAGAUGUCCAAUAAAGAGCCAGAAGACAUGAUUACGGGUGAGAGAAAACCUAAGAUAGAUUUGUUCAGAACUUGCAUUGCUGCUAUCCCAAGACUGAUUCCAGAUGGCAUGAGUAGGACUGACCUCAUUGAAUUGCUUGCAAGGCUGACAAUUCAUAUGGAUGAAGAACUUCGUGCCUUGGCUUUCAAUACACUCCAAGCAUUAAUGCUUGAUUUUCCAGAUUGGCGGGAAGAUGUUCUUUCAGGAUUUGUUUAUUUUAUUGUGCGUGAAGUGACUGACAUCCACCCAACGCUUCUUGACAAUGCAGUUAAAAUGUUAGUGCAGCUCAUAAAUCAGUGGAAACAAGCAGCCCAAAUGCACAAUAAAACCCAAGAUGCUCAGCGUGGUGUAUCCAAUGGGGCUGCCCAUACCCUUCCCCUGGAGAGGACGCUUUAUUCCAGUGUAUUCCACGUGGUGGAAGGCUUUGCUUUGGUCAUCCUUUGCAGCACAAGGCCUGCCACCAGGCGAUUAGCUGUCAGCGUUCUCAGAGAAAUAAGGGCCUUGUUCACACUCCUAGAAAUUUCAAAGAGUGAUGAUGAGUUGGCUAUAGAUGUAAUGGACAGACUAAGUGCUACUAUCCUGGAGAGUUUCAUACAUCUCACUGGGGCUGACCAGACUACUUUACUGUACUGUCCCAGUUCAAUAGAUUUACAAACUCUGGCUGACUGGAAUUCCUCCCCAAUCAGCCACCAGCUUGAUGUGGUCAGUCCCUCACAUAUUUGGAUAUUUGCACAUGUGACUCAAGGCCAAGAUCCAUGGAUUAUAAGCCUCUCAAGUUUCAUGAAGCAGGAAAAUCUUCCAAAACACUGCCCAACAGCUGUAAGCUAUGCUUGGACAUUUGCUUAUACAAGACUUCAGCUGCUGUCUCCACAAGUGGAUAUCAACAGCCCUAUCAAUGCAAAGAAAGUAAAUACUACUACAAGCAGUGACUCCUAUAUUGGGCUCUGGAGAAACUACCUGAUUCUUUGCUGCAGUGCAGCAUCUUCUUCAAACUCCUCCACUUCCACAGGCUCUGUGAGAUGUUCCCCUCCUGAGACGCUGGCGUCUACCCCAGACAGUGGUUAUAGCAUUGAUUCAAGAAUUAUUGGCAUUCCAUCCCCUUCCUCCCUGUUUAAGCACAUAGUUCCAAUGAUGCGCUCUGAGAGCAUGGAAAUUACAGAAUCUCUUGUCCUGGGACUUGGCAGGACCAACCCAGGAGCUUUUAGGGAACUAAUAGAAGAAUUACAUCCUAUAAUUAAGGAAGCACUUGAAAGAAGGCCAGAGAACAUGAAACGGCGCAGGCGUCGAGAUAUUUUACGAGUACAGCUAGUACGAAUAUUUGAACUGUUGGCAGAUGCUGGUGUCAUUAGUCACAGUGCAAGUGGUGGCCUUGAUAAUGAAACACAUUCCCUCAACAACACUUUACUUGAGUAUGUUGAUCUAACAAGACAACUCCUAGAAGCAGAAAAUGAAAAGGAUUCUGACACAUUGAAAGAUAUCCGAUGCCAUUUUAGUGCCUUAGUGGCAAAUAUCAUACAAAAUGUUCCAGUUCACCAGAGAAGAAGUGUCUUUCCACAGCAGAGUCUACGCCACAGUCUAUUUAUGCUGUUCAGUCACUGGGCAGGCCCUUUUAGUAUCAUGUUUACUCCCCUGGACAGAUACAGUGAUAGAAACAUGCGAAUAAACAGACACCAAUACUGUGCAUUAAAGGCUAUGUCUGCUGUACUGUGUUGUGGCCCUGUUGCAGACAAUGUUGGGCUUUCAUCUGAUGGCUAUUUAUACAAAUGGCUGGAUAAUAUUUUGGAUUCACAAGAUAAAAAGGUUCACCAGCUAGGCUGUGAGGCGGUCAUGCUGCUCUUGGAACUCAAUCCUGACCAGAGUAACCUCAUGUACUGGGCCGUUGACCGGUGUUACACAGGUUCCAAGCGGGUAGCAGCUGGCUGCUUUAAAGCCAUAGCCAGUGUGUUCCAAAACAGGGAUUACCAGUGUGAUACAGUGACCCUCCUGAAUCUGAUACUAUUUAAAGCAGCUGAUUCUACUAGGGCUAUCUAUGAAGUUGCUAUGCAACUAUUGCAGAUUUUGGAACCAAAGAUGUUCCGUUACGCUCACAAACUGGAAGUUCAGCGGAUGGAUGGGGUUUUGGGACAGCCUUCUCCUUUACCACAUUUGUAUUCUAUGUCAUAUUAUCAACUGUCAGAAGAAUUAGCAAGGACUUACCCUGAGCUGACACUUGCUAUCUUCUCAGAAGUAAGUCAGAGAAUCCAAACUGCUCACCCAGCUGGGAGACAGGUGAUGCUGCAUUAUCUGCUGCCAUGGAUGAACAAUAUUGAGUUGGUGGACUUGAAACCUUUGCCAACCAUUCGUCGGCAAGAUGAAGAUGAAGAAGAUUCUCUGAAAGACAGAGAAAUGAUGGUGAACAGUAGACGAUGGCUACGAGGAGAAGGCUGGGGAUCACCACAGGCUACAGCUAUGGUUCUGAACAAUCUGAUGUACAUGACUGCAAAGUAUGGUGAUGAAGUGGCUUGGUCAGAGAUAGAAAAUGUCUGGACUACUCUGGCAGACAGCUGGCCGAAGAAUCUGAAAAUAAUUUUGCACUUCUUGAUCAGUAUUUGUGGAGUGAACAGUGAACCCAGCCUUUUGCCUUAUGUAAAGAAAGUUAUUGUUUAUUUGGGUAGAGACAAAACAAUGCAACUACUAGAAGAGCUGGUGAGUGAACUUCAGCUUACGGAUCCUGUCAGUUCAGGAGUCACCCAUAUGGAUAAUCCACCGUAUUACCGCAUUACAUCCAGUUACAAAAUCCCCUCUGUCACUUCAGGUACCACUUCUAGUAGCAAUACAAUGGUGGCUCCCACAGAUGGCAACCCUGACAGUAAACACAUGAAAGACAGUAUUGAAGAGAACUACGCACACCUAGACAUCUACAGCGGGUUGAACAGCAACUUAAACCGCCAGCACCACAGGCUGGAAUCGCGCUACAGCAGCAGCUCUGGAGGAUCAUAUGAAGAGGAAAAAAGUGAUUCAAUGCCUCUCUAUUCCAACUGGCGGUUGAAGGUGAUGGAGCACAAUCAAGGAGAGCCUCUCCCUUUCCCACCUUCUGGAGGUUGCUGGUCACCACUGGUGGAUUACUUGCCUGAAACUUCUCCUCCGGGCAUGUCACUUCACAGAUGCAAUAUAGCAGUGAUUCUUUUGACUGAUUUGAUAGUUGACCACAGUGUAAAAGUGGAAUGGGGAGGAUACUUGCAUCUUUUGCUUCAUGCAAUUUUUAUAGGUUUUGACCACGGUCACUCUGAAGUCUAUGAGCAUUGUAAACGACUACUUUUGCAUCUACUGAUAGUGAUGGGCUCUGGCAGCAAUGUCCAGUCUGUUGCUUCUGUCCUACUCAGAAACAGAGAGUUCAACGAGUCCAGGGUGCUUACUGUCAAGCAAACUACCCAUUUAGAUUACACUUUCACAGCAGGUGUUCAUGAUUUUAUACCUGAUUACCAGCCCUCCCCAAUGACAGACUCAGGGCUUAGUUCAAGUUCUACCUCUUCUAGCAUCAGUUUAGGAAAUACAAGUGCUGCCAUUUCUCAACUGCACACCACAAUCCUCAAUGAGGUUGACAUUUCAGUAGAGCAGGAUGAAAAAGUGAAAACUCUUAUAGAAUUUAUUACCUCAAGGAAAAGAGGCCCACUUUGGAAUCAUGAAGAUGUUUCAGCCAAGAACCCUAAUAUAAAGAGUGCUGAACAAUUAACUGUAUUUUUAAAGCAUGUGGUGUCUAUAUUUAAACAGUCUAGCUCAGGAGGAUAUCAGUUGGAACAUCGUCUCAGCGAAGUUGCUUUGCAAACUGCUCUUUCGUGCUCCUCUCGCCAUUAUGCUGGGAGGUCCUUUCAGAUUUUCAGGGCUCUGAAGCAGCCUCUCACUCCAUCUACACUUUCUGAUGUUCUCUCCAGACUAGUAGAAACUGUUGGAGAUGCAGGAGAAGAAGCUCAGGGUUUCGUCAUAGAGCUGCUUUUGACUUUAGAAUCUGCUAUUGAUACAUUGGCUGAAACCAUGAAGCAUUAUGAUCUGCUUUCUGCCCUUUCUCAGACCUCAUACCACGAUUCUGUAAUGGGAAACAAGUAUGCAGCUAAUAGGAAAAGCACUGGACAGAUCAAUCUAAGCACAAGUCCCAUUAAUAGUGGCAGUUGUUUGGGAUACUACAGCAAUACGAGGAGUAAUUCCUUGAGACUGAAUUUAAUCAGUGAGCGGAGGGGUGACCGGCGACGGAGCAACACACUGGAUAUAAUGGAUGGAAGGAUAAAUCAUGGUGGAAGUUUGGCAAGGACUAGAAGCCUUUCCUCCCUGAGAGAGGGAGGGAUGUAUGAUGUGCAGCCCACUACUGACCCUGUCAACUUGAUGGCCACCAUAUUUUGGAUUGCAGCUUCGUUGCUGGAGUCAGAUUAUGAGUAUGAAUACCUUCUGGCCCUCAAGCUACUCAACAAGCUUCUCAUUCACAUGCCUCUGGAUAAAUCAGAGAGUCGGGAGAAGAUAGAAGAGGUGCAGAAUAAACUGAAAUGGAAUAACUUUCCAGGCCUUCAGCAGCUUUUUCUGAAAGGCUUUACUUCAGCCUCUACACAAGAAAUGACAGUUCAUCUCCUCAGUAAACUCAUCACAAUUUCCAGGCAUGCUUUGGUGGAUCCUUCUCAGUUAGCAGGAUUUCCCCUAAACAUCUUGUGCCUACUUCCUCAUCUGAUUCAACAUUUUGAUAACCCAACUCAGUUUUGUAAAGAAACAGCUGACAGGAUAGCAAAGGUUUGUGCAGAGGAGAAGUCACCAACUCUUGCCAAUCUGGCUCAUAUGAUGAGUUUAUACAGUACACACAGUUAUUCCAGAGACUGUUCUAACUGGAUUAAUGUAGUGUGUAGAUACUUGCAUGACUCUUUCUCAGAUGCCACAUUUAACCUCAUAACUUACCUUGCAGAGCUGUUAGAGAAAGGCUUAUCCAGUAUGCAACAGUCCUUGCUGCAGAUCAUUUACAGUCUUCUGAGUCAUAUUGACCUAUCCACAGCUCCAGUGAAGCAGUUUAAUUUGGAAAUCAUAAAAGUUAUUGGUAAAUAUGUUCAGAGUCCAUAUUGGAAGGAAGCCCUUAAUAUUUUGAAACUGGUGGUGUCUCGAUCAGCAAGCCUUGUCGUGCCUAAUGAUAUUCCAAAGUCUUAUGGAGGUGACAUAGGUUCUCCAGAAAUCUCUUUCACGAAAAUUUUUAAUAAUGUCUCCAAGGAGCUACCUGGGAAGACCUUAGAUUUUCAUUUUGAUAUAUCAGAGACACCAAUUAUUGGGAAUAAAUAUGGUGAUCAACACAGUGCAGCUGGUAGAAAUGGGAAGCCAAAAGUCAUUGCUGUGACCCGGAGCACUUCUUCAACUUCAUCAGGCUCCAAUUCAAAUGCACUGGUUCCUGUCAGCUGGAAGAGACCACAGCCAUCUCAGAGAAGGACUAGGGAGAAGUUAAUGAAUGUGCUUUCUCUGUGUGGUCCAGAUUCUGGUCUUCCCAAGAAUCCUUCGGUUGUGUUUUCUUCGAAUGAAGACUUGGAAGUUGGAGAUCAACAAACUAGUCUAAUUUCAGCAACAGAAGAAGUGAUUCAAGAGGAGGAAGUGGCUGUAGAAGACAAUACCAGUGAACAACAAUUUGGAGUUUUUAAAGACUUUGACUUUUUAGAUGUUGAAUUGGAAGAUGCGGAGGAGCUGCAGGGUGAAAGCAUGGACAACUUCAACUGGGGCGUUCGCAGGCGCUCUCUUGACAGCAUUGACAAAGGAGACACACCGUCCCUUCAGGAGUGCCAGUACUCUGGUAGCACACCCAGCUUGAACUUGACCAACCAGGAGGAUACUGAUGAGUCUUCAGAAGAAGAAGCAGCACUGACUGCAAGUCAGAUACUGUCUCGUUCACAGAUGUUGAUCAGUGAUUCUGCCAUAGAUGAAACAGUGUCAGAUCAUGCUGGUUUAUCACUUCAGUCUCAAGAUUCCACUAGCAGUGUGGGAACAGAAGAGGUGCUUCAAAUCAGAACUGAGACCCCAAGUUUGGAGGCUUCUUCUCUAGAUAACUCUAGCAACCAGCUGCCUGAGGAAGGCAGCUCGGCAGUAAGGGAUGAGCAGGUUAGCACUGCUAGUGAAGACACUGGGUCGUACCUACUACAUGAGCAGCAAGACUGUCUGGUCUGUCACGAAUCUCUGGAGCUGGAAGAGACCCCAGAACUGGUAGAGGCAGCAGCUCCUGAAAGCUAUUCUGAAUCUGUCUGUGAAGAGGAUGUUACUCUUGCUUUGAAAGAGCUAGAUGAGAGAUGUGAAGAAGAAGAAGCUGACUUCUCUGGUUUGUCUAGCCAAGAUGAAGAAGACCAGGAUGGUUUCCCAGAAGUGCAAACUUCCCCUCCUCCUUCUCCCUUUCUUUCUGCCAUAUUGGCAGCUUUCCAGCCAGUGGCCUACGACGAUGAAGAGCAAGCCUGGCGCUGCCACGUCAAUCAAAUGCUGUCAGACACAGAUGGAUCUUGUGCUGUCUAUACAUUUCAUGUCUUCUCAAGAUUGUUUCAGACCAUUCAAAGAAAGUUUGUAUCUAUAACAAAUGAUUCGGUCAGCUUUCUUGGUGAAAGUCUACAGCGCAUUGGAACGAAGUUUAAAAGUUCUCUGGAAGUGAUGAUGCUAUGUUCAGAAUGUCCAACAGUCUUUGUGGACGCGGAAACGCUACUGUCUUGUGGCCUGCUAGAAACAUUGAAGUUCAGUGUUCUAGAGCUCCAAGAACACUUGGAUACCUAUAAUGUCAAAAGAGAGGCAGCAGAACAGUGGCUAGAAGACUGCAAAAGGACAUUUGGUACUGAUGAUGGUAUUCAUGGGACUAACACUGAUGCCCAGCAAAUGGAAAUUCUAGCAGAGCUGGAGCUGUGUCGGAGGCUAUACAAGUUGCAUUUCCAGUUGCUGCUUCUGUUCCAGGCCUAUUGCAAACUCAUCAGUCAAGUAAAAACAAUCAAAAAAGAAGCAGAGGUAAUAAACAUGUCUGAAGAACUUGCUCUUUUGGAGAGCUGCCUGAAAGAGGCCGAGGCAGUGUCUAACAGUGGUAUCGAAGAAAUUGAAAUUGCAGAGGCUGCCCAAGCUAGCACAGAAACAGCUAUUCACUCCCUCAUUGAAUCCCUGAGAAACAAGGAGUUUGUGUCAGCUGUGGCACAGGUCAAGGCUUUCAGAUCUAUUUGGCCCCACGACAUCUUUGGCAGUUCUGAAGAUGACCCAGUUCAAACAUUGCUGCACAUCUAUUUCCGUCAUCAGACACUUGGCCAAACUGGCAGCUUUGCGGUAGUAGGCUCCAACCAAGAUAUGUCUGAGGCCAGCUCAAAGCUGAUGGAACUUAAUCUAGAAAUCCGAGAGUCUCUCCGCAUGGUGCAAUCCUGUCAGCUUCUAGGGAAGAUCAAAACCGGAAUAAAUCUUGUGACCACUGGUUUCUGAACAGCUGUCAUUUAGAAAAGAACUGAUGAUGAAGACACUUCAGAUGAUUAUUGAGCACCUUUCACAAAAAAAACAAAAACAAACCUCCAGCAGUCCUGACAACCAACACACUUUUAUCACAGCAAGAAACUGUUUCAUCACAAGUAAAACCCUGAAAAUUGAAGUGAACAUCCUACUUGACUGCUCUUUCUACACAGCAGCCUGUGUGGCAGUAGUAUUUUUUUAUUAAAUUUAUGUAUAAAAACUACAUGAAAGGAAAAGGGCUUAAACAUAAUGCAUACAUAUGCAUUAUUUUCUGUUGUAACAGAACUAUAAAGGAUGUUUGCAGCAACAGCCUCCAGAGGUUGGAUCAGUAUUGCAGGUGGGAUGAGGCUGAAACCAAGGCUGGUUUAUUUUGGCUGAAGACCUGCAAGGCUUCCUGGCUUUCCAGCAGUGAAACCAUCAGCUUAACACCUAAUGAGACACUUUGCAAUGUCAUGAAGAAUGUGCAGUCAAACAUGAGUAGAAUGAUAUACGACUGCAAAAAACAUUGACUUCUCAGUGUUUUAUUUGCUUUUGUUGUCUGUUAUAAGGAAAUAAUGUGUGUGAGUUAGAAUGUAUGGCUAUGUGACAGUUGUUUUUUUGAAGGUAUGGAUGAUUGUUAAAUAAGGUCUCAGAGCAUGCUUAAAAGAGCUGCAAGAUUAUUUUUGAAGAAAUUUUAUUUUAUUAGAUCUAAUCCUCAUAGUGUGUAAAUGUUAGGACAUUUAAUAAUAUUUUAAACUGGGAUUUCCCAGUGUUUCUAAAAGAAAUAAUAUAUCUGUUAACUUUAUUGGAAUGCUGCUCAGUUCUCUGACCAGUGCUUAUGUUAAAAUACUGAUAACAACUAACCAAAAAGUAGCUGCCUGCAGAGACUUUAAAAUGUAUAUUAAAGAUAUAUGCUGCCCAUCAGCAAUUCUCAUUAGAAGUUAACUUAUUUUAUUCUGUAUAUAUUCUAGAAACUGUAUAGUGCAAAACCAGUAUUUUUCAUGUAAAUUUGUGCAAUGCACUGUUAAAACAGUAGGUGUAUAAAGCUAUGAGGAGAAGGGGGCAUUUCCUCUUGGUAGUCACAUGCAGUACUUGCAGUCUGAAUAGCCUGCAGGGUUUGAAGAGUUUGAAGGCAUGUAUAUGCAUUUUCAUGACUCAACUGAAGCCUAAGGAAUUGGGACUAUAGAAAAAAAAGACAAAAAAACCCCUGACUACCAAAACAUGCAAACAGGCAAUAUACUCAUAGUUCAGUGUCAAAGUCUGUAGCAUAAAACAAACUGGAUUCUGUUGAAACCAAUAGCAUUUUGUAGAAAAAAAAAAAGAAAAAAAAAAAACAGAAAAAGAAGAAUGUAGUCCCACAAUUCCUGUGAUUUGAAAGGAACACCCAGUAUUUUUAUAUACAUCUCUUACCCACUGUGAUUUUUUUAAUGGGCUCUAAUUCCAGAGUUUAGAAUGUAGAACUGAAAUUCUUAGCUCUGCCUUUUUGGGGGAAUUAGGCCCCACUAGAAAUGUAAUUAUGCUGAAAUGCAUUAAUUGAAGGCACUGUGCACGCUGUUGGACUGCUGACAGUAGUUAUGUUAUCCUAACAAGUUCUGUAACUGGUCAAGGCACAUUCAUAUUCACUGUAUUUUUUUUCCCCUGUCCCUGAUAAAAUUUAAUUAUUUUGAUGGUUUUGUGGUACUGUA